CAUAUUGAAAAAUUUCAUCCUCCAUGGUAGGAUAAAUUUUAUGAAUGUAGUCUCUGCACCACAUGGUCAUUGAGUUUCUGCUACACGAUUUCUCGAACACUUAUCAAAAAGAACACGUCGUAUUGACCGUUUUUGCGAUCGAAAUUUGUUGCGGCAAGGCGAUUAAAAAAAGCGUGCAAAGAGAUAUUAUUACUGAUGCGUCCAAGAAGAAGCGCAAGAAGUCGAUACGGUCGUACAAGACUCACAUUUACAAAGUACUGAAGCAGGUGCAUCCAGACGUCGGUCUCACCGCGCAAGCGAUGAGCAUCAUGGAUAGUUUCAUGAAUGACCUUUUCGAACGCAUCGCUUGCGAAGCAUCAAGUCUGACCGAUCUCGGCAAGAGGUCAACUUUGACAUCUCGCGAGGUUCAGACUGCUGUUCGGCUGCUGUUGCCAGGUGAACUCGCUAAACAUGCUGUCAGCGAAGGUACCAAAGCAGUCACCAAGUUUACUUCGGCUUAA